ACUUUUUUGUACACACGUUCACUCGAAAUCGACAUGGUCAAUUUCCUUCAAAUUUCUGUCAGUCAUCAAGCCCUAUGAUUUCAAGUUAAAUCAACUUUUUCAAGGUCAUCAGGUCAUCGCGACGUCAUCCAGGCGCCAUUUUGUAAAAAUCAGGUCAUUAUCAUAUCUCAAUAACGAGUCAUCAAAAUUCAACUAUAUUUGGUAUACAUCAACUUCAGGUCAACGGUCAACUAAAAAUUUCAUCAAUUCCGCGCGCGCACCUCGACGCGCAUUAAAAUUUUAAAAUGCUCAAAUUCGUUCCACAUUAAUUUUCCAUACGUUUUAGGCCAUUUUAAGCAUUUUGCAAAAAACGCGCGCGCACACACAUGCGCGCGCGUGUUCGCGCGUAAUUGCAUCUUCCAACAUAGAAUCGCCAAAUUUGUUUAUAUCAAUGCAUCAAUAAUAUAAUUCUGAACAAUUUGAUACCUUGAUCAACCAACCUUCUACGACAAGUAAUAACAAAAUUAUCACCCGUUAAACUUUGCAGCAUGUGUGCGCGCGAGCUCUCACUACAGGCCAUAUAUGGGCAAAAACAUGUCUAUUGAAAAUUCACUGUAGCUCUUUAAAAUAGUCCGUUGACCCAAAUUUUUUUUUCAUAUAUCGAUAGAGUAUGAGUUGUAGAUUUGAUUUCAUGUCACCAUUGCCCCUCAAUUUGAUCAUGACGUCAUCAAAAUUGCGCCUAAACUGAAAAUUUCAUUUUUUCAAAAAUGACGUCAUCAAAUUUAUGCAAAUUUGAUCAUAACUCUGUGAAUAUUGAUCAUUUUUCGCCCAGAUUUUGAUGUGUUGUAGUUUAGAAUGUACUCUUUCUCGUCAAUUCCAUGGAUUUUUAUUUUGAAAAACGCAUCAUGGUGUAAAAUUGCGAUGAAAAGAGGCAUGUCAUUUUUCCUCAUAUUACGUGUAAUCUCUAUGGGACAUGACUUUUUCUCAAAAGUAGAUUCUACAUUCGUCUAUUUCGUGAGAUAUAUCUCCAUUUUUUCUUGUUAGUUAUCCCUGAGCUUUUGAUAUGAUGUAGCUGAGAUUCUAAGUUUUCGGAAGUGUGCCCUCCAUUUUUCGAUCAGAUGCCAGGAUCAUACCCGUUUUUCGCCAGGAUCAUGCCCGUUUUUCGCUUGCAAAAUUGGAUUUGUAAUUCUCAAAUUUGCUUACGUCUAAUCUCUAUGGGAACGUGUAAUCUCUAUGGGGAUUAUCGUGGCUCAAUGGAUAAUGCCCUUGACUUGAGUUCUCGGGGGCGCAGGUUCGAGUCCUGGGGGUGAACAAGAUGAUUUUUUUUUUCAUUUUUUUGUCUUUUUACCACCUCGUACAUGAUCCUUUAUGAUAAUUAAAAGGUAUGAAAGUUGAAAUUUAGCAAGAUUAAACAGAUUAUAAUUUUUUCAUAUCACAUGUAUUUUCAUAUAUCAAAGAGACCCUUUUCACAGUGCUUUAUCAUCUCCCGUCUUUCACAAGUAUUCCAUCCAUAAUGAUUAAUGAACAUUCCGUUGUCAUCAUGAAGAUCAUAUUGAUCUGCUUGAACAUGGUAAUAGUGAUCAUGAUGGCGAGAAUAAGGACAGACCACCUAAUUCGUCCGCAUGACGAAUUAAAAUCUAGUUUAUAAUUAGUUGUUAACUCAUCGAUAUUGUUGCGAAGUGCAAGUUUGUUGUGACACAUGAGCCUUGAAUUUAGAGAUGUUCUGCAUGCACUGGUGUCGAGUUUAAGUGAGCAUGAAUGUUUAUGAUUUCUAGGGUGUCGGGGUCAGAGGUGACCAAUUAGAAGUUGUGGUGAUUGUGACAUGUUGAAUUUGUGUGCCAAUGCGCUUACAGCAAUUUGUGAAUGAUUAAGGCAUUUAAAUUACAAUGUUGUUGUUGUUAUGGGCCAGUGAAGCUGGCCCAUGACGCUCUUUUAAAGUUCAGAUGGUGGCAGCGUACUUUGUGGAGAAUGGUUGAUGAUAAUUGGUGGCAGAGUAUGAUAGGAAUUUUCAACAUAUUUUCCAUUCUUUAUUUUCUCUCUUGUUUCUUUCUUCUUUCUCAAUCGUUUACUCUAUCAUUCUAUCUUUAUCCUUGAUUUCUCCAUCAUUCAUUUUUUCUAUUUUUCAUUUCUUACUCGAUCUUCUCUUUAUCUGUUUCCCAUCUUGUUUCACAAAACCCCUCUCUUUUUCCUCUUACCCGCCUUCCCCUCUAUCUUCUAUUUUCGCCGCAAUAAUUCAUUGCUUUAAAAAUAACAAUUAGUCUAGACUAAAGUUAGAGGAAAUACAAUCAAGAAACAUUCUCACUCGCUAUUCCAAAUAUUACAUAAAUUAUUUCAUAUUUACUAACCGUUUUCUUUGCAUUGGGCUUGAAGCAUACCCUUCCGCAAAAAACAAUUAUUUUCUUGAGUGACAAAUAACAUCAUGAUUCCGGACGCUCGCCGGACGGGUGAAGAUGUUCUUGAUUAAUGAUGUAAUUAAGAAUUGGGGUGUUUUUUUCUUCAUAUGUCAUAUCGUGAGUAAAUUCUAAAUUUUUUCAUAUCAAGUCUGAACAAAGUUUGGAAAUAUUAUUUAAUAAUUUGUGUGUGCUAACUAAUCUUCAUUUUUGUCUUAUUAGCUGCAUGUUCCAUGGCUUUUUUUCCAAUAUUUUGCUAGUUCCUUAGCAUUACACAAAUAAAGUUUGUUACGAUAAUAGUCUUGUUUAAACACCAGCUCGGAAUCUAUAUAUGUCCACACCAGAGAAGUGUUAAAACAACACCAGUUUGGAAUCAAACCAAUGCUGUUUUGAUACUUCUUGGUGUUGUAUAAACACAUAUUUGGCGUGAGGCCAAAAACCAAACUGGUGUUGUUUAACAUUUCUCUGGUGUGGACAUAUAUAGAUUCCGGGCUGGUGUUGAAUCAACAAUUCAGUUUUUGCAGUGUAGCCCGGCGACAUGUGCACGCUUCCCUUGCUUGCCUUUCCAAUACAGGAAUUUUUCAGCAACUAUUUUCUGAACUUGCUACUAGAUGGUAUAUUGGAGCACUUGUGGUCGCAUGUGGAUCUUCUGAAUAAUGAAGAGUUAAUUUCUCUUAUUUUUUAACCAUCAGGUGCAGGCACAUGGGCACGAUGUCACCAGAAUGCUGGCUUAUAGCAUAAGGCCAAAAGUAUACUUCAGCCACAUGCAAAAAGGUGGGUCCUUUGAAGAAUUGCUAAAUGAAUUACAAAGGAAGGAAUCUGAGGAAAGCCAGCAAGGAGCAGGCCAAGGGAUAGUUCCAAGGGAUAGUGAUGAUGAUCAUGAUGGCGAUGAUGGCGAUGAUGGUGGUGAUUAUGAAGAGGAAGAGGAACUACUAUAUGAAUUACAAAGGAAGGAAUCUGAGGAAAGUCAACAAGAAGCAGGCCAAGGGAUAGUUCCAAGGGAUAGUGAUGAUGAUCAUGAUGGCGAUGAUGGUGAUGACUAUGAAGAAGAAGAGGAAGAAGAGGAAGAGGAACUACUAUAUGAAUUACAAAGGAAGGAAUCUGAGGAAAGUCAACAAGAAGCAGGCCAAGGGAUAGUUCCAAGGGAUAGUGAUGAUGACGAUGACGAUGAUGAAGAAGAACUCUGGACAUUGCAGGAGGAAGAUGAAAGAGGAUAUUCCAGUGAAGAUGGACAGGAAGAGGAAGCUGUGGAGGAAAUUAAAAAAGGAACGAAAAGGAAGCAAGGACAAGAUGGGAAAAAGGCGUCCAAACCAGCAGAUCGAAUCGAGCGAAAUUGCCCACUUUGUAAUGUUGCGACAAGAACGCUUGCCCGGCAUCUUCGCCGCAAGCAUACACAGCUGAAGGAAAACGAGAUCUGGCAUUUCAUAUAUCAAGCCAGAGAACGAGUCCCAAUUCAGAGGAAGAAAACCAGAGAUGAAGGACGAGAGAGAACUGGACAGAACUGUCCCCUUUGCGCCGCAAAAGGAUUAACCAAACUCUCAGACCAUAUGAAGAGGAAACAUAAUGGCCACACAGUGGAAAAACAAGCCAAAGAUGGCAUCUUCGAAAGGUAUUUGCAGUUCACAAGCUUCUAUUGCAAGGAGAAGACGGCUGAGCAGCAUAAAAGCCAGCUUGAAAAAAUUGAUGAUCUUGCCGGUGGCCUGUCAGCACUCUUCUCUGACCAUGAUGCAAUUUACAGAGGAACUGCUAUCAAAGGAGGACCUGCAGAUGUUUUACAAUACCCUCUACAAGCAAAAAUGCACUUGGCUGGGGAGAACCUAAAGUGGGAGCAUGUAAGAAGCGUACGAGAUUUCCUACUUCUGACAGCAGUACUUAGUGGUGCUCCGAGAAGCUGUGUGCUCACCAACAUGAAAGUGGGAGAGGUUGCCAAAGCAUUCAAGCAAAAUGGAAGGGUUGUGAUACAGGUGCAUGAUCACAAGACGUCGUCUUCAUUUGGUAGAGCUGAAAUUGUGGUUGAAGACCAGCAUUUCAAUUAUUUCCAGCUAUAUGACGAGUUGCGUAAACUCACACCAAAGAGCUCACCAUCAGAUAAUCUUGUAAAUGCGCCAUACUUUCUGGGCCAUAAUGGCAAGGCUGUGUUGAAACCAAGCUGCGAGUUAACUGAGGCUUGGCGAGCAUGUGGGCUGCAGGGAGGGGUCUCUACGAGAAGCAUCCGAAAGACAGUUGCCUCAGCGGCACGGGAUGAGAUGUCUGCGGAGUGGCGCAAGAAGGUGGCAACCUUCAUGUGUCAUUCCGUAGAAACUGCCGAGCAUUACUACACGGCAAGAUUUAAGACUUCCCAAAACAUCGAAUGCCGCGAUAAGGUGUGGAGUCUUCUUCUUGGACAGCAGCCAGAAAUGCAGGAGCAGACUGCUCCUGAACAUCCUGUAGAUGUCCAUGUAGAGGUCCAUGCUGGACCAUCAACGAGUCAGACGACCGCCCUAAAAAGUGCAGGCAUGAAGAAGAGGAAGGCCCAGGGAAAUACACAAGCCAACAUCCCCUCUGAGUCUGCUCCUGAGACCUGUGGCCAUGAGGAAGGUCACGAGCUUUCUCAACAAAAGGAAGUAAAAAAGCCAAGAUCCCGCUUCGUACUAACAUCAGUGGAGCUUGAGGACAUGAAGAGGACAAUCAUGGCUGUCAUGAAUCGGACAUGCUCAGUAGUCAAAAAACCAAAAUUCAGGGAUAUAACCAACGAGGCUUAUAAAAUAAUAAUGCCUAGUACGAGAGAUAAGAUUACUAGUCAACAAUUUUAUGACAAGGCCAGAAACUUGGGUCUGCGAGAAGAGAUCUGGUGAAAUGUGACAAGAUCUGCCGCAAGUGUUGGAAGUCAAUGAGCCCACAUCAAGCAUUACGUCUUACCCCCGUUUGGGAACGGACCGCAGAUCAGAUUGCAAACUGCGGUAUUUUACCCCAUUUUGCAUUUGAAAAUCUAAAACAUAAUUUCCAAGCCCUGGGGGUCUUUUCAUAAAGCUGUUCGUAAGUUAAGAGCGACUUUAACAACGACUGGUGAUUAUCGCUAAUGGUUUGUACCAUUUACCGCAAGACAUGAUCACUAAUCGCUCUUAACUUACGAACAGCUUUAUGAAACAUCCGCCUGAUCAACCCCGCUUGGCCAGGUAAUCCCCACAGGCCAGAUUAUGAGCGUUGAGCCAAGAACGAAAUGAUAAACAACAGCUGUGCUAUUACGUAAGUCUUCUCUGCCUGUAGAAGGACCUUCGGAAUUAAAUAAUUGUAUUCGAUAUUUAAUCACGUUUUCAAAGGCAUAUUGUAUUCAGAAAGUUAAUGCUAGCCCAUUUUCAAUUUCGAACGAAGAAAAUCAACCUUGAAAUAAGGAAAGUAAGUGAAUAAAAAAUGGCGACAUGUUUUCCAGGACCGCACUCGGGCUGUUGUGUUAUCUUCGGACCGAGGUAAAGAAAUAGGUGUUUUGAUACUUACAUUGCAUGCUUUGGGCAGUAGGGUUUUCGUACUUGAAGAGAAUUCAUUGAGAAAAUCCGGGGUAUAGUGUUAUCAAAAGGAGGUUUUUCGUCAUGAGUUUGAGAACAUUGAGGCCCGAAUUUUCAAAGGUGGUUUUGAAAACCCACGGUUGAGUCCAUGGUUUAUGCAGAUUUCCUGUUUAAAUUACGCUUAAUUUAGCGCGUAUUGGGCGUGUGUAUAAAAAAUGUUCAAUGCUGAUGCGCGCAUUUGUCACAAUGCGCCAAAUUGACGCCUGUUACCAUGGUUAGAUACGCUAUUUUAUUCAUAAGUCCACUGUUUGAAGAGUGGACUCAUGAAUAAAAUAGCGUAUCUAACCAUGGUAACAGGCGUCAAUUUGGCGCAUUGUGACAAAUGCGCGCAUCAGCAUUGAACAUUUUUUAUACACACGCCCAAUACGCGCUAAAUUAAGCAUAAUUUAAACAGGAAAUCUGCAUAAACCAUGGACUCAACCGUGGGUUUUCAAAACCACCCUUGUGAAUUCGGGCCUGAAGGUUACCGCCCUAUAGAAGUAUACUUAGUGUUUUGUACAUAAAAACCUUUGAUUAUUGCAGUUCCUCUGAUUGUUUUAUUUCACAAACAAGUUAUUUGGAUUGUGAUUGCAUCUGAUUGAUUUCAAAUAGAAGAUUUCCAUUUCUGCAUAUUGCAUUAAUGAGUCACUGAGCAUGAAUGGUUAAAUCCAAGCAAAAUAUUAAUUUUCCCAUAUCCAAGAUGAUGAUUAAAUCAUUGGGAUGCCUUUAUUUUGGUUUAGCUAGAGGUAAGGUUACCAGAUUAUUAUUAGAUACCAGUGGAACCUAUUACAUGUAAAGCCAGAGGUGUCAAGGAAUGAUAUGAUCGUGUACUCUUAUAUUUGCUAUUUUUCAGUUCUUUGAAUACACGCUCGUAUUUUCUGAUGCUUAGAAGAAAAGUAUACAAUGCAAGGUAUUAUACCCAUGAAAAUGAGCAUUUGAUAUACAGGUCAAUUAAAUGGACACCUUAAAAUAUUAUGUGGCCAUGCGUUUUGAGUGAGGCCCAUUUCCAUUACAACUCGAAUUUUCCUCCAAAAUCGCACUGUUUCAUAAAAUUGCAUUUGUUUUCUUAUGUAUGACAUCCUAUACCCAUAAAAGUAUAUAUAUACUUGAAAGGAAAUUAUCUGAGGAAUUCAAAAAUGCAAUCAGAAAAGGCAUACGGUAAUGACAUAAAAAGUUUUAGGUUAAAAUAUGUGGAAAACUGUG